CCAGCUACCGCUCAGCGCUCGGCGCUCGCCGCCUCACAGUCCGUCACCGUCGCUCGUUGUGCGAGCAACACGCGGACGUCUCCGGAGUCAGGCUGCACGCACUGCGUGUGUUUUUGUCGUCGUACCGUUGACACAGUGACGGAUCGAGUUUGACCCCCGUGUUGCGAUAGCAUGCACGAGGGUGGAUUCUCACGUUGCGCUCGAAUUCGACGCUCGUAAAUCCGCGAUUCAGGAAAUUAACACAAAACAUUCGAUAUAUCCCGUAUAUUGCGGAAAGGACUUUUUUUCCUGAGGAAGAUCGAGUGGUCCCAACUCGAUCGCGAUCUCAACUUGACAAAGGCGCCCUUUAGUGCGCGUUGUCAAAGCUUUCAGUGAAAGCGGGACGCUGAACGUUAUUCGUCAGUCGCGCGAGAACUUGUGAACGUGUGCGCUUCGAUUGUUUAUCGACCACUUGCUGCACCUCGUGAGACAGACCCUGAGGAGUUCGACGAGAAUCCAGCGGGAAACGGACGAGCCACGACGGCCGUUUCGCUCCGCGAGUGACAAGUGGUCGGCGACGCGUGGUUAACCACGUGGCGCGGUGUGUUGCGCCGGUGUACGGCCGUCUGGGUGGCGUGAGGACUUUCGCGGGACUCUCUUUCUCUCUUCCGGGCGCGCGUGUGCCGGAGAAUCGCGCGUGCACACGACGGACACGAGGUGACAGUAGUCGUUGGUGAUUGAUCUCACGAGCGAGCGGACGUUUCGCGGCUUCGUCAAACGAUCCUAACGUUAACGAUCGAUCCUCGCGCCUGUCGGUCUCUCUCGAGGCAUUCGCGAGGGCAUGGUGCAACAGUGAUUAGUCCCGCCGUAUAUCAUCGCCGGUGCCAACAGCAGAGUCGCAAGGGUAGCGCGGGGGGUCCGGUGGUGGUAGUCUGGUCUCGCCGUCGCAGGCCGCCGCGAGAUGCUGAGAGCCUCGGCCGUCCAGUCCAGCCAAUCACGUAGGGUGCUGCGAUCUGUGCCGAGGGCCGUCGCGGCCUGCUAAGGAUGACCGCGCGUCUACACUCGCUGAGGCACCAGGAGAAGAAAUCAGCCGGCAGCAGCCACAGACAGCACCACCAGCAUCAGCAGGCCGUGCAUCAGGGUCCGAGCCCGGCACCGAGCCCCAGCCCCAGCCUCAGCCCGAGCCCGAAACAUUCGGACGGACGAAGAGCUAACAAACCACUAAUGGAAAAACGACGACGAGCAAGGAUCAACCAGUCCUUGGCGGCGCUGAAGGCGCUCAUCCUUGACAGCGCCCGCCUGGAGAACACCAAGCACAGCAAGCUCGAGAAAGCCGAUAUCUUGGAGCUUACGGUCAGGCAUCUGCAGCGGCAGAGAUCGCUCGCUCAGCCCGGUCUGUCCAGGUACAAGGCAGGAUACCAGGACUGCUCCAGAGAGGUGAGUCGCUAUCUCGAUGCGCCAGACAUCAUCACGGGCAACACCACGCCGAUGGACCCGGCGGUGAAGCAGCGGCUGCUUCGCCACCUCGACAGCUGCGUGUCGGAGCUCGACCUGGACCUGGGCUCGCGGCCGGACAGCGGCCUGGGCAGCAGCCCGGGCAGCGUGACGGAUCGCGUGGCGGGAACGACGAGCCCGGGCCCGCUGGACCACCACGUGCCGGUCGGGCCGCAUUGCAGCGCCGCGCUCACGCCAGCCGGCCUGAUCAAAUCCGAGAUCCCGGAGAUGGUGGAGGCGGCACGGCCGGACAGCAGCACCACCGCCGGCGACGAGAACAACAACAGCAGCCGGCCGACCUCCGCCUUCAGUCAGGUGAACCCGGCGACGUUGGACCCGCACCAUCCGCAUCAUCCGUCGGGCCUGCCGGUCGAUCAGGCGUCCACGUCGCAGCAGAAUCCCAAUAUGCUCUCCGUGGUGCAGGUGAUACCCUCCCGAUUGCCGGACGGCCAAGUGGUCUUCCUGCUGCCGAGCCACUACGUGCAACUGGCGGCGGCAGCCGCGGCGAACGGCAUCAGCAUCGGGCCGAAUCCACCAACGGCGAUCUGGGCGGCGACCAACAUGUCGCUGCUCAAGGCAACCGAUAAGCUGGCGAAGCGACCGCACGAGGACAUCGGCCAGGAGUGGCAAGAUCCUACCGGUGGCCUGAAGCCAAGCAAGAGCCCGCGGAUGGAACAGCCGGAGCAGCCGCUCGACUUCACCACCACGUCCAAGAAGAUGAAGACCGCCAGCUCGAGAAACUCGACGCACUCCGGCGUCGUCGAUCACCACCAUCAUCUGCGGCAGCAGCAGCAACACCAGCAGCAGGCCCGUCUACCGACCGAGACCGGCGGUCCCAUCGUCCACGAAGAUAGACCGUCUAGUCACGCGGACAGCGAGGUCGCCGUCGGCAUGCCUUCCCCGUCGCCAGUCGGCCAGCAGCCGGUCAAGGAUGAGGAGGGCAUGUGGAGACCAUGGUAAAGAUCCGAUGUUCUUUAUCUUUGUAAAUAGAAGUGUAUCUUGUGAAGCGCGCGUGUGCGAAACCGGAAAUCGCGCCGGUGCGCAGCUGCGAUCGUCGUCUACCGCGGAAAUCUUCCUUACAUAGCUCUACGAUCAAGUCGUGUACCCUUAUAGCACGUAUCUGGAUGAUUGGUCUCUUCGGUCAGUAAAAUCGACGCACGUUAUUGGAAAUAAUUUUGGAGAUGUAAAAUUGUCGUAGAUUUUAAAAAUUAUUUUUAAGAUAGAUGCGCGCCAUUGAAAUUUUUCAAGUCCGGACGCGAGAAACUUAAUAUUUUUCUGACAAAGUAGCGAUUGAAGAUACGAGAGGAAUUGUCGCGUUUAUUUCGGGGCGCACGUUGCAAAUUGUUCAUUGCGGCACAUAGCGAGCUCGAGAGAGAUACGUCCCUGGGCGAAAAUGCGCGUACAUUUCGAAAAGUGCUCCUCAAUUAGCGUAAUAUGAUUCUCAAAAGAGUGGCGAUACGCGAAGCCAAAAGUAAUUAACGCGCGAUAUUUAUUUACGUUAUUACGAGGGGGAGAAUUGGCAAUGACACAAUUUUCGCGAUAAUGCAAUCCGCAAUCGCGGGGUUGCGCGCGAUCGGCGAGUUUUCACAGGCGCGCGGGAAAUUAACGCGAUUGGCGUUAAUAUCGAGAGGAAUGCUAAUUGGCAGAGGAGGGGCACUCGAAAUUACCCCUUUCGCGCAGCCGCAAGGUCGACGAAUUUUACCGCACCGUCGAAAGUGAUAAUAUACCGUUAUUAUUCUACCGAUCUUUGGAUUUUCGCGCUCGAGGCAGAGAGCUGAGGAAAACCGCGGCUGACUUUUUUUUUCCUUUUUUUCCCCCCUGCCCUCUCUCCCGUCGCACCACUUGCGCUCGGCUGUCGGAAACGAGUACACGGAAAAGGCGUAUGCGCAUUCUCGCCUAAUAACUCCGGCGCGCGCGUGACGUCAGCGUUUCUUGCGACGGCGCUAAUGAAGCCUUUAAUUUGCAUCGCGUCCAAAAGUGCGCCGCGGUCGUUAAAUCCGCUGCACAGCGCUCCAGCGUUAUUCUCGCGAAAGCGCCGUUCGAAUAACGAGCGCGUUCGACGCCUCGGCGUUUGCGUCGCGCGCAAAUGUCCGAGAUUUUCGCCACGGCGAGACGAUUGCGGAACGGGCGAUUCAACCGAGGGGAUGAAACCGUAAACGAGCGAGGCCAUAGGCGAGACAUAACGUAACACGGAACAUUUAAUGAUCUUAUAGCGUGACUCGAAAAGAGAUAAAGUGCCGUGUACUUCCUUUUAUUUCGAAGAUCGCGCACUAUUUUGCCGCGCGCUAUUUUUAGAAACAUUCAGAAAGGUGAGGACGUAUUAAUCUCCGAUGCCUAUUUUAAUUUCGUUACGGAAAACGUAAACUUUCAACACGAAAAUAAGCCACUCCAGGCGUUACGUCUCGCCAGCCAAAGUAUUCGAUCUUCAUUUUAUUUUGAUUUAUAUAAUAUUUGCGUAUAUUUUCUCUUCAGUCUCGGUAUCGAUCGGAUCCGAUCCGAAUUGAUUUGUGCUUUUCCCCCCCGUGGAAUAAGACUGACGGGGCGAGGAACAGAAGCGACGACGACGCGCAGCGACGCGAAUGUCUCGAGGAGAGCGGUUGCGAAUGCCAAAACAAGAGAGCGAGUGUGAGACCAGGAUUGUAAAAACUUAUACGCCUAAACUUCUGCAAUUUUUCCCUGUGGAGACAGCGGAGCCGCUCGGUCCCGCGAGUUUGCGAUUGUGCAAAAGCGACAAAAGAAAUCGUUUUGACGUAGUUGCGCGUGAAAACGCGCUACAAGAUAACUGUAUGUAUGUAAAUGAUGGAGUAAUUAGUUUACGAUUAUUAAGAGAGAAAGAGAGCGCGCGCGAGAGAGAGAGAGAAAAAGAGAGAGAAAGGGCAGCGAGUAUGCGAGAGAAUGAGGAAGAGAGAGAGAGAGAAAGGAAGAAUGCGUGCGUUUUAGUCCGCCAUUCAUGUACAUAGCCUCUCGAUCGGAAUUAUUGCUAUUUGCGAGAUAUAGAUUUAUUUUGAUGUUAUCUAGGUGUAUACGGCGAGAGAGAGAGAGAAAGAGAGAAAGAGGAUGCGUUUGUGUGCGUGUAUCGCGCGAAUAGCGAGCGUUCUUUUGUGGAGGCGCGACCAACAAUCGCGCUCAGCGUAGCGAGAAGUCAUCAUCUCACCUAAUUUACGUCUGUAAUUGCUAAAUAUCCUGGGAUUCGAAUUCCUUAUUCGAUGUACUUAGACACGCAGUCAAUAUAGGCAUGUAUAUUGAACUGUA